UUUAUAAACCAACCAAAAUAGUUCAACUUUAUAUAAAAAAACACAAAUUGAACCCCUUAACUUUGAAGUGCAAUCACCAUUUUUUGAAUCUCCAAGCUCCUAAAACUCAAUUGAAGAAGAAGAUGGCAUCCAUCUCCGCUUCCAUUUCUACCUCAUCGCCAUCAUUCUCGUUGCUCCAAAAGUCGACAACCACUGCCUGUGGUUCUCCAGUUCUCGGGUUGCCAUCAAUGAGCAAGAUGGGGAAAGUGAGAUGUUCAAUGGAAGGUAAGCCCACGGUCACAUCGAACGAUGGUGUAUCGAAGUUAAAGAUGGGUGCUUCGUCGUUGAUGGCUGCCGCGAUGGCUGCAACCAUGUCGAGCCCAGCGGCCAUGGCUCUAGUGGACGAGCGAAUGAGCACCGAAGGGACCGGGCUGCCGUUUGGGCUAAGCAACAACCUUCUUGGGUGGAUCCUUUUUGGUGUGUUUGGUUUGAUUUGGACACUUUACUUUGUCUAUGUUGGUGGCCUUGAUGAGGAUGAGGAGUCUGGUUUAUCACUUUAAAUUUUCUUACUUAUAAUGACAAUUAUUUGCCAAUUGUGAUGGGACUUAUGUGUAAUAUUAAUCAUGUAUCCUUUCUACUCUUAUUGUAAAGUAUUUUGUGUUUAUGAGAAUUGUAUGUUGAAUUGAAACCAAAUUUAUUAAUA